AUGGUCGACACUACCCCAACGACCAAGUCUGCCGAGGGCGACGGCGCUUCUUUCAACGGCGAAGCUUUCCGAGGAACAAAUACCUCAACGCCCACCUUGGCCCCGAGGGAAAGCGAUGAUCACGUGGAGAAGAAAUCGGAGGACAGGCCAUCAACGUUACAGGAGAAGGUCACGGUUCACACGCCGAUAAUAUCAGCCAGCCCGUCAGCCAAUGCCAGCCAGCUCGACGUCUCGAAAGAGCCCAAUUUGGACGAGAAGCGAGAUGCAGAGAACCGAGCUCCGGAGGGGCUACCGGUUGAGAUUGACGAGGCAGAAGAGAAUUUCAAGCCAAAGAGCAUCAAGUUUUGGCUCACCAUCUUUUCCAACUUCAUCGCCUUAUUCCUAGUGGCACUCGAUCGAACCAUCAUAGCCACCGCAAUCCCACGCAUCACUGACGAGUUUGGGAGCUUGGGGGAUAUCGGCUGGUAUGGGUCGGCUUACAUGCUCACCACUGCCGCUUCCCAACUGGUGUUUGGCCGAGUUUAUAAGUUCUACAAUCUUCGAUGGGUUUUCCUCAGCAGUAUAUUUGUUUUUGAGAUUGGCUCACUGCUUUGCGGCGUCGCUCCCAACUCGGCCACUUUGAUUGCAGGAAGAGCCAUUGCAGGUGUCGGCUCCGCUGGUAUCUUCACUGGAGCCAUGAUGGUCAUGAUUCCAAUGGUGCCGCUACACAAAAGGCCAAUGUUUCAAGGAAUCUUUGGUAUGGUCUUUGGCCUUGCUUCCGUGAUCGGGCCACUAAUCGGCGGUGGCUUCACGGGCACAGUCACUUGGAGAUGGUGCUUCUACAUGAAUCUUCCUAUUGGAGGUGCGGCUUUGGUAUACCUGUUCUUCAUGCUCAAGGCUCCCAAGCAGCAACCACGAGAACCUGCAACACUCACCCAGCAUAUCUUGCGCCUUGAUCCCUUGGGGACGUUCUUCUUCCUACCCUCCAUCGUGGCCCUUCUCCUUGCCCUGGAGUGGGGUGGGGCGACGUAUGCAUGGAGCGAUGGCCGCAUCAUUGCUCUUUUUAUUGUCUUUGGGGUUGCCUUCAGCGCUUUCGCCGCCGUCCAGGUAUUCAUGCCCAAGACGGCAACGGUUCCAGUCAGGAUCAUCACCCAGAGGACCAUGCUAGCCGGCGCAUUCUUCAUGUUUUUCUUGGCUGGGUCGAUGAUGUUGGCGGUUUACUAUCUUCCUCUGUGGUUUCAAGCUGUACAGGGUGCGGAUCCCGUGGACUCUGGUAUUUAUACACUACCGCUGGUGCUCAGCAUCGUGGCGUCAUCCAUCAUCUCAGGGGGGGCGACGCAAAAGAUUGGCUACUACGUGCCAUCGAUGAUCCUCUGUCCAUGCAUCAUGGCAACAGGUCUAGGGUUGAUGAGUACCUUUCAGCCGGGAAUUAGCUCGGCACACUGGAUCGGAUACCAGUUUCUCACAGGUUUCGGCCUGGGGUUUGGCAUGCAAACCGUUGGUCUUGCUGUGCAGGCGGUGUUCCCCAAAGAAGAUGUGUCAACAGGUGUUUCCAUCAGCUUCUUUGCGCAGCAAUUGGGAGCAGCCAUAUUCGUCUCGGUAGGACAGUCGAUUCUCAGCAACAUGCUUGUGUCGCAGCUUUCUGGCAUUCCUGGACUACCUGCACAAGUCAUUGUCAAGAUUGGGGCAACCGAUUUACACAAUGUCGUUCCGUCCCAGUUCUUGGAUGUGGUCGUCAAGGCAUACAACUACGCAUGCACUAGGAUCUUCUUGGCAGGCAUGGGACUGUCAUUGGCAACCCUUGUCUGCGCUCUAUGCAUGGAAUGGAGAAAUAUCAAGAAGGGGAGGAACCGUGCCAGUAGAAUCGAGCCGGAAACUGAGGCGUAG